AUGGCUUCGCGCUUGGCUAAGAGCGCGUUGGGUACGUAUCAAGACACAUGAGCAUUGAACUGGGCCAUUGGAGCUCCGACUGAUCAGCAACAGGCGCCGCUCGCGUCCGGCCAACCCUCCCUGUCCGACCUGCUCUUCCAGCCAUCACCACCUUUGCGACCUCGCAGCCGCGCCAGCAGAACAACGUUCCCCAGAAAGACCCCAAGUCGGCCGCGUCUUCGAUCCUCGAUGCUCUCCCAGGUAACAGCAUUGCCUCCAAGACCGCGAUCCUCUCCGCCGGAGCCGGUCUUUCGGUAGCCGCCAUUAGCAACGAGCUCUAUGUCGUCAACGAGGAGUCGAUUGUUGCGCUGUCUCUUUUGACUAUCUACUGGGCUGUCUACACCUACGCCGGCCCAAUGUACAAGGAGUGGGCACAGGGACAGCAUGACAAGAUCAAGGGCAUCCUGAACGCUGCUCGGGAGGACCACACCAGCGCCGUCAAGGCCCGCAUCAACAACGUCAAGGACCUCAGCGGUGUGAUUGAUGUGACCAAGGACCUCUUCGCUGUUUCUAAGGUACGGGAGAUCGCAGACCUGAGUGAAUGCUGGGCUAACCAAUGCGUAGGAAACCGCUCAGCUUGAGGCUCAGGCAUAUGAGCUCGAGCAGAAGACUACUUUGGCUCAUGAGGCCAAGUCCGUCCUCGACUCAUGGGUACGAUAUGAGGGUCAGGUCAAGGCCAGACAACAGAAGGAGCUUGCCGAGUCUGUCAUUGCCAAGAUUGAGAAGCAGCUGCAAGACCCCAAGGUCCUGGACCAGAUCCUGAAGCAGAGCGUCUCAGACGUUGAGCGUGAGUGCCAAUACUUUCUCAACGCUCGAAUCAGACUAACAGCUUUGCAGGUAUCGUCUCGCAAAAGUCGUCAUAG